GUUAUCGUCCUAGAGUUACUGAUUCAAUCACAAUCGUACGAUCGUACGCAUACACAAAGCUCACCAUGAGAGUGACAGCUGCAGUAGCCGGGUCCUUGUGUUUGCUGGGGACGUCGGUGGAAUCCUUUGUCUUCCCGGCACGCAAGAGUCCAAGGUUGUCCUUCCCUGCGGCAAAUCCAGUCGCCUCCUCCUUUCGCAAUGCGGAAGCUAUAGUCAGUUUGCACGAGAAAAAGAACGACAUAGAUAUCGACGAUGUUACGAAAGAAGCGGAAGAAGCUUUGGCGGCGGCUGAAGCAGCGUUAGGAGGUGGACUUGGAAACAACAAGCAGACGGUAAAUCCAUCCCCGAGCACACUGUCCGAAAGCACGCCAUUGCCAUCUCCAAAUAACAAAACGACGCCUUCAUCUUCGCCUUCAAAAACGCCUCCAGCAUCUUUAAAAAAAACUCUGCCGCAGCCUUCUUCCAAAAUAGCGCCUCCGCCCUCGCCUUCUCCGCAAACAAAGCCCCCUCCCACUCCCCCUAGUCCUCGAGAGUUGGCUGAACAAGAGGCUCGUCGUAAAAAAGCCCAAUUCUACCGCAAAGACGCUAUUGCUGCGGCUGUUGGUGCGGGAUUGCUAGGUGCAGCAGGAGGAGGCCUACUCUGGAUGGAGUUUCCAGAAUUCGGUAUCGCCUUACGAGACGCUGUCAGCGCCGACAUUCCCAUGUACGUGCCUCCUCUUAUCGGCGCUGCCGUUUUGGGUGGAAGUGCAUUUAACAGUGCUUCGCAAGAUAAUGCUGUGGGCACCCUUACCCGUGGAGUAUUUGGCAGUACCACCAAAGCGAUCGGCGGAGGGAUUGUGGGAGCAGUUACUGGUGUCACCGGCUCUGUGAUCUCAGGCAUUGUAGCCAUUCCUAAAAGAGUGGUUAACGCGGCCGCUCAGAAAGUUCGGGAGACUACAGACGGAAUCAAGGCCAUUCCGUCAAGGGUUCAGGAUGCUGCGGCCCGCAAGGUCCAGAGAACAGCCGAGGAUAUUCGAGCCAUUCCCACCAAAGUUUCUUCGGCGGCAAGCAGAGCCGCAGAAGAAGCCGCUCGGGAGAUCAAGGCAGCCCCCGGUCGGGUCGCAAAAUCAGCGGAAGAAGCACUGGAAAGAUCAGUGGAAGAGACCAAGAAGAAUAUUAACAGAAUUGGAGAAGAUAUAAAAGCCUCUCCCUCAAAGGCUGUGGAUGCCUUCGAAGCAAAGGUGACGGAAGUCUUCGAAGCAAAGCCCAAAGAACCGCAGGCACCUUUGCGUCCUCCUCCACCUCUAGUCAGGAACGAUGCCAAGUCUUCGUUCCCAAACCUCCAGAUUGACCUGCCCAAGCUUGAGGUGCCGAAGAUUCGCGUACCCAAUCUCGAUGCGCUCAAGAUUGACACGCCGAGUAUUGAGAUGCCUAAGACUCCAGUGCCAAAGAAAGAGCGGGAUGAUGGCUUUGUUUUUGGUGAGGUUGGACUCAAGAACUUUAUUAACGCACCGGUAUCAAAGGAUUCCGCCCCGUCCAAACCAGCUACGGUUCCCGAGAAGUCGCAGCAACAGCGGGCAGCUGCACAAAAGCGCGACCGCGCUCAAGCGAAAGUAGCAUCCGAAAAGCAACGUCGAGAACAAGCUAAAGUGGUGGCGGCAGAAAAGCAGCGCCAGGAGCAAGCCAAAGCGGCAUCGGCCGAAAAACAGCGUCAGGAACAAGCCAAAGCGGCAUCUGUUGAAAAACAGCGACAGGAACAAGCCACUCGACGUGCUAAACAAGAGAAGGCUCGUCAAGAGCGGCAAAAGCGUCUUGAAGAUAUAGAAGCAACUAAAAAGGCCAAGUUGGACCAGCGAAUGCGCGAAACAGCAAAGCAGACGCAGAUUGCCGAACAGAAGCGUUUAGAGGCGGAACGCCGAAAGAACGCAUCAGGUUCGAAGCCACGUCCUAGCUUUCAAAUUCCCCGUCCCAGUUUCCGUAUUUCUCCCGACUCUGACGCUAGCAAACCUCGUCCCUCAUUUUCGCUAGGUGGAAUGCCCAAGCAGCAGAAGAGUCCCUCAGAAAGCAAACCCCGUCCGUCCUUUCAAUUGAACCUCGGAGGGGGUAGCAGCAAAGCUGGAGAGUCUGGUGUCAAACCUCGCCCUUCCUUCCAAUUGAACCUUGGAGGCGGCAGCAGCAAAGUCGAAAAUUCCGAUAGCAAACCUCGUCCCUCUUUUCCACUAAAUCUCGGAGGUCGCGGAAGUGAUGCAAAUGUUGUCAGUAAGCCUCGUCCUAGCUUUUCCCUCGGUGGAGGCGGCGGGACCCAAUCAGGAAAGAAAGCUCCCCGCGGUGUCCCCACUAUUGUGCGCUGGAAACAACGCCGAGAUGGCGGUAUAACCGGCUUCAUCUACGGUUCUCCAAAUUUCGACGAUGGAGAUCGGGUGGAGACUACAGCAAUCGCAACAGGAGAUGUUGCUAAUGGUGGCGUCGUUAAGACGGGAAGUGGUUCUAGAUACUUCUUAAGUGAGACCCCUCCAAUGGGAGGGAAAGCGAAAGGCGGCAACGAUGCCGGCGCUUUGAAAUCCCUGCUCAGUGCUAUUCCAGGAGCAACCAUCAAUCUCUCCCGAAGCAGGAAGACUCCAGCGGAAGUAAAGGCUGAGGAGACUUUGAAGAAGGCGGAAGCGGCACGACCGAGAACAUUUUCACUAUUCGGUUUGGGUGGAGACGGGGCAGACUCCAGACCACCUUCCCAGAAGGAAAAGGGCUCUGGCGGAGGCAAAAAGCCCGCAGUGACGGCACCCCGCGGAGUUCCUACUUUGAAUAGAUGGAAGAAGAAUAGAGAUGGAUCCGUCACUGGUUUUAUUACGGGAUCACCCAACUUUUCUGAAAAUGAGAAAGUUACAACAUCCCCGAUUACGCAGGGCACCGUGAAGUCCACUGAAACUGUGAAGACUGGAAGCGGCUCUCGAUAUUUUCUUGCAUGAAUGAGUUGAAAAUCUCUGAGUUCAUCAAAACAACCUGUACUAUGUGUUGGAGUCCUUUGAUAGCAUUGACGAUAAAUUAAUAGGAUGAAGCAAGGGCAAAUCCAUUGAAUGCAUAGCUUCUACAAACGCAUCCAAGCUUCAAAGCAUGCAUUUUAACUAAGAAAU